GGUUUCUCCCGCGUUUUCUUCCCUUCGCUCUUUUCGGCAUGGCAGAAUUUGAACCUGGCUCUUUGCCCGACCUGCUGCCCCUCUAUUACCGCCGCGUCUUCCCCUUCGGCCCCUUUGGGCGGUGGCUGCGCUAUGGUGACGUAUCCAAGAAUUACUUUCAGCGGCGGGAGUUCUCGUUCACGCUGCAUGAUGAUAUUUAUGUCCGUUACCAGUCUUUCAACACUCCCCAAGAACUGGAAAAAGAGAUCCAGAAAACAUGUCCUUACAAAAUUGACAUUGGGGCCGUAUAUUCACACAGGCCUAUCCAGCACAACACGGUACACAUGGGAGCCUUCCAUGCCCAGGAAAAGGAACUCGUGUUUGACAUAGACAUGACAGAUUACGAUGAUGUCAGACGAUGCUGCAGCUCUGCUGAGAUCUGCUCCAAAUGCUGGACUCUCAUGACCAUAGCCAUCCGCAUUAUAGACAGGGCACUUGUGGAGGAUUUUGGAAUCAAGCACCGACUCUGGGUAUAUUCAGGACGUAGAGGGGUGCAUUGCUGGGUGUGUGACGAUUUUGUCAGGAAGUGGUCUACGACUCUCCGCUCUGCAGCAGUGGAAUAUCUCACCCUGGUGAAGGGUGGCGAAGAGACCAUCAAGAAAGUGACCCUCGCCGACUCCAUUCACCCCUUCGUCAGGGAAUCACUAAACGUGGUGGAGGAAUACUUCGAAGAGUAUGCUCUUGUGGGUCAGGACAUACUUGGAAACAAAGACAGCUAUGAUAAAGUGUUGGCUCUGGUCCCAGAAACAGUUCGAGAGACACUUCAGAAGGAAUUCUGUAAAAAGCGCGAUUCAGUUCAGCGCUGGGAGCUUUUGAAAAACAAGACAGAAAAGCUGAAUAAAGUACGCUGGGAGAUCAUGCUGCAGUACUGCUUUCCCCGGCUGGACAUUAACGUUAGCAAAGGAAUCAACCAUCUGUUGAAGAGCCCUUUCAGCGUUCACCCCAAAACAGGCCGUAUUUCAGUUCCAAUUGACCUGCGGAAACUGGAUGAUUUUGAUCCAUUUGCUGUUCCCACUAUAAGCCAACUGUGCUGUGAACUGGAUAAAACUGGCAAUGACCAGGGGGAAGAAGAGCAAAAGGAUGGGGUGCCAGAAAGCCCUCGCAGGAAUAGAGGUUACAAGAAAACCAGUCUGGCUCCGUAUGUGAAAGUUUUUGAACAGUUUCUGGAGGAGAUGGAUAAAUCUCAGAAAAGAGAACAUCCUAAGGCCAAUGAUAUACAAAUGGAUUUCUGAAGUUUUGAAUCUGUGGAUGUGCAGUAACCGUGCCCAAUUCCACGUAUCGAGAAAACGCAUCCAAGUGCAAACGUGGCUGCUUGAUCAUAUUUUCGCACUAACCAAGCCAGUUUAAGGAACAGAUAUUACCCACCUUUUCACUAAACUUUGUCCUUUGAAGGCUCCAGAGAAAGAACAUGAAGUCUACUUGAAAUGACUCGCAAGAUUAAAGUCAAAACAUCUUAAGGUGUUUUUCAGUUUUGCAUAAGGUGGUGGGUCCUCUGGUUGGUACUUGGAAGGAAGAGAAAUCUGUAAAAAUACAGAAGUGAUUCGGUGAUCAGGAAUUCAAAACAUGACUGAAAAUGUGCUAAUUGAAAUUAGGAAGACACAGUUCAAAUCCCAAUCGGUUUCUAAAUACAAAAUAAUGGGUUGGAGCCAGUCUAAACUUUCCACUAGUAGAACACACACUUCUGUAAGCAGAACAGAACUUGCCUUUUCCUCCUCAUCUGCAGCCCAAUGAUCACCCAAAAUACUGUUCCUGGAGCACUGAGGACCCUCAGAAUUGGCAUGAGGGACAAAUUGGAAGUCUGCAGCAGGAAGGGGGAGAUGGCAGAAAUGACAUCUCCCCUUCCAUAAGAGGACGAUUUAAGUCUGGAUCCAAUCUAUUAUAUAUGUGUGUGUGUGUAUGUCUGUAUUAACACCUGGGGCAGCUGUUCCAUACCCAGCUGAACCUAUUUGUAUCUUUGCUAUUUUUUUAUUAGAAUUUGUAAAUUUACAGUUUGGGCACUGAUUUUGCUAAACAUGUUUCUUAAUGUUCCAAGUAGGAAUGUGAUUCAUUUUAUUUUUAUACUGCAUUAUCUUCAAAAAUUCUUUGUAAAAAAAAUUAA